ACAUAGAACUGGGGGUUCAAGGAUUUGAUGAAUUUUCACAGCCAGCCUAUAGCAAAUGUAUUUAGGCCUUGCUACAUUACAUUUACCAAACAGGACAAUUUAUAGGGAAAGGCCAAAAAAAUACUAAAUGCAGAUGGUAUGACCUCUUGUGUUACCUUUCUGGCUUGGGAGGAGACAAAGUACCUCGUUUACUGGCUACUUUAGCAAUCUCUACUGUAGCUAGCUAGCUAGUUCUAAGAAAAAAAGUUGCUGACAGCUGAGGAGGAUAGCUACAACGUCAGAGAACAGACACAGAAAAAACAAGAGGGAAGAUGAGUCAAAGCGAGCAGCAGCAGGAUGAAGUCCCAGCAUACCUCAAAGACGAGCCUCCAGCAGAUGGCAACAAGGAUCACCCUGUGCCCCAGCCAGGCAUGUUCUCCAGAGUGACUGGAGGACUCUUCAGUGUCACUAAAGGUGCCGUGGGAGCCACUGUGGGUGGGGUGGCCUGGAUAGGAGGGAAGAGCUUCAACCUGACCAAGACCGCUGUCACCUCAGUGGCUGCUGUACCUGGCAUUGGGGUGGGGCUGGUGAAAGGAGGGGUGUGUGCUGUAGCUGGAGGCGUGUCUGCAGUAGGCUCAGCAGUGGCCAGUAAAGUUCCUAUUGGAGGAGGCAAGAAGAAGGACAAGUCUGACUGAGGAGGGGGCGGACGGUGGUGCCAUUUUGGGUCUCGUGUCUGUUUCGUCUACAGUGUGGAGGGGCCUGGAGGGCUAUAGAGGAUUCAAAGUUGUGUGUGUUCACUUUUCGUGGAGGCCUACGCUCUGAUCCGCGAGUGUCUAUGGACCACUCUCAUAUUAGGUGGCCUGGCCACUGAGGAGGAGACUAAAUAAGGGGUUUCCUUGUCAGCAGUACAGGGACCACCCCACCCAUCUUUGUCUAUAAUAAUAACCAGUGCCUAAACUGUUGGAAUAUGAAAUGACUGACUGUGAAUGUUGUAUUUACUCUGUAGAUAAAAACCAGCCAACAAAAGAUUAGGCCUAUUUUAUUGCUUAGUAUUUGUUACAUCUCCCGGCCGCUGUUUAAGAAACAGGCCAAGAACAUUUUCACAAUGUUUAGGCGGUGUUCAUGUUCAUUGCGGUGUUUGGCAGUUAGACAAUCAGUGAUCGAUGCCUAGCCCGGCACCUCUAACAGUAAAUAAAGAGGAUCUCAUGGGGGGGUUUGGUGCUGGGCCUGCACUGGGGGUUUACCACAGUGACCCCCGAGCUGUGGUGGGGUUCAGAUCGAAGAAGCCAGCACCGGGCUGUUCUAACCACUGAGGCAGCGCCUUGUUGUGAAAAGCAUUGGUGACGGCGGGGAGUUGAUGGCUGCACUCCAUCUCUCUGAUUGAUUCUGUUUUUGAGAUGACGGACUCUGUGCGUCUGGGGCUCAGCAGCCCAGCCUUGGUGGUCUUUCCCACAACAACACUCAUCACUCUCCUGCUGCUCCCCAAUAAUUACCACGGCACGCUGGGGUUUUAACGCUGCCUGACAGGGCUAUGGGAGACUAAACACUGCUAGGGAAGUCAAUGUUCCUGACUAGAUGUUUAUGCUGGUGAAAAUUUGUUUUUUCCCCCUUUUUUCUUCUUCCGCUGUAAAGUAUUAGAUUUGUAUCUCAAACUCCCCGUUCCUGAUGUGAUGGGGAUUUUUUUUUUUAUUCCGGAGGGAUUCUAUUUCUCCACCAGGGAAAUUCUUUAAAGUGGAUGUUUUCAUUUUUAUUUGUCUUUUUCAUCUUCAGAUAAUGCUCUCUGGUGCAAGUAAUGUAACUUCAUGUUUUUCAAUGACAGAGUUGUUUUAGGAUCUGUUUGCCCUUUGAUGCGUCGAAUCACAGAGCUCUGUCACUGCCGUUCCUUUCUCUCUCGCUAUAUUUUGAACUUUAACAAGGUGCCUUAUUCCCACAAGAAAGCCUGAACUAAAGUAACUUAUUCCUUUUUGAACCUACCACUUAUAUACCUACCACCUUAUACCGUAGUCCACAUAUUGUUCCACUGCCCAAAACACAAACUAGCCUAUUUUAGCAUUAUCCAUAAAAAACAACAACAUUUAA